GAAGAUCUGAAACAAAUGUUGGAGAGCAACAAAGAUUCUGCUAAAUUAGAUGCUAUGAAACGGAUUGUAGGGAUGAUUGCAAAGGGAAAAAAUGCAUCUGAACUGUUUCCUGCUGUUGUGAAGAAUGUGGCCAGUAAAAAUAUUGAGAUCAAGAAGUUGGUGUAUGUUUACCUGGUUCGAUAUGCUGAAGAACAGCAGGAUCUGGCACUCUUGUCCAUAAGCACUUUUCAGCGAGCUCUGAAGGACCCAAACCAACUAAUUCGUGCAAGUGCUUUGAGAGUUCUGUCAAGUAUUAGAGUGCCAAUUAUUGUACCUAUCAUGAUGCUUGCUAUUAAAGAAGCUUCUGCUGACUUAUCACCAUAUGUUAGGAAAAAUGCAGCCCAUGCAAUACAAAAAUUAUACAGUCUUGAUCCAGAACAGAAGGAAAUGUUAAUUGAAGUAAUUGAAAAACUUCUGAAAGAUAAAAGCACACUUGUAGCUGGCAGCGUUGUGAUGGCUUUUGAAGAAGUAUGCCCGGAUAGAAUAGAUCUGAUUCACAAGAAUUACCGCAAGCUAUGUAAUUUACUAGUUGAUGUCGAAGAGUGGGGGCAGGUUGUCAUAAUUCACAUGCUGACUCGAUAUGCUCGGACACAGUUUGUCAGUCCUUGGAAAGAGGAUGAUGUUCUGGAAGACAAUGAAAAGAAUUUCUAUGAAUCUGAUGAGGAACAGAAGGAAAAGACUGACAAAAGGAAGAAGCCAUAUAUUAUGGAUCCAGACCAUAGACUCUUAAUUAGAAAUACCAAGCCUUUGCUUCAGAGCAGAAAUGCAGCGGUGGUGAUGGCAGUUGCUCAGCUGUAUUGGCACAUAUCACCAAAAUCUGAAGCUGGCAUAAUUUCUAAAUCACUAGUGCGUUUACUUCGUAGCAAUAGGGAGGUGCAGUAUAUUGUCCUACAAAAUAUAGCAACUAUGUCAAUUCAAAGAAAGGGCAUGUUUGAACCAUAUCUGAAGAGUUUCUAUGUUAGAUCAACUGAUCCAACUAUGAUCAAGACACUGAAGCUUGAAAUUUUGACAAACUUGGCAAAUGAAGCCAACAUAUCAACUCUUCUUCGAGAAUUUCAGACCUAUGUGAAAAGCCAGGAUAAACAAUUUGCAGCAGCCACUAUUCAGACUAUAGGCAGAUGUGCAACCAACAUCUCAGAAGUCACUGACACGUGCCUCAAUGGCCUGGUCUGUUUGCUGUCCAACAGGGAUGAAAUAGUUGUUGCUGAAAGUGUGGUUGUUAUAAAGAAAUUGCUGCAAAUGCAACCUGCACAGCAUGGUGAAAUUAUUAAACAUAUGGCCAAACUACUGGACAGUAUCACUGUUCCUGUGGCUAGAGCAAGUAUUCUUUGGCUAAUAGGAGAAAAUUGUGAACGGGUUCCUAAAAUUGCCCCUGAUGUUUUGAGGAAGAUGGCUAAAAGCUUCACUAGUGAAGAUGAUCUGGUAAAACUGCAAAUAUUAAAUCUGGGAGCAAAGUUGUAUUUAACCAACUCCAAACAGACAAAAUUGCUUACCCAGUACAUAUUAAAUCUCGGCAAGUAUGAUCAAAACUACGACAUCAGAGACCGUACAAGAUUUAUUAGGCAGCUUAUUGUUCCGAAUGAAAAGAGUGGAGCUUUAAGUAAAUAUGCCAAAAAAAUAUUCCUAGCACAAAAACCUGCACCACUGCUUGAAUCUCCUUUUAAAGAUAGAGAUAAUUUCCAGCUUGGCACCUUAUCUCAUACUCUCAAUACUAAAGCUACUGGGUACCUGGAAUUAUCUAAUUGGCCAGAGGUGGCGCCUGACCCAUCAGUUCGAAAUGUAGAAAUAAUAGAAUUGGCAAAAGAAUGGACCCCAGUAGGAAAAGCAAAGAAAGAAAAUUCUGCUAAGAAAUUUUAUUCUGAAUCUGAGGAAGAGGAGGACUCUUCCAAUAGCAGCAGUGACAGUGAGAGUGAAUCUAGAAGUGAAAGUGGAGAACAAGGCGAAAGUGGGGAGGAAGGAGAUAGCAGUGAGGACAGCAGUGAGGACUCCUCCAGCGAGCCAGAGAGCCAGAGCGCAAGUGAGUCAGGAGCAGAGGAUAAAAGAGCAGCCAAGAGGAACUCAAAAACCGCAAGAAAAAGUGAUUCUGAAGAUGAGAAGGAAAAUGAAAAAUCUAAAACUGCAGAUUCUUCCAAUGCUGAAUCCAGUUCAAUAGAAGAAAGUUCUUCAGAUUCUGAAUCAGAAUCAGAGUCUAACAGUGAAUCUGAAUCCAGAAGAGUCACUAAGGAGAAAGGAAAAAAAACAAAGCAAGGCAGAAAUGCUCUUACCAAUAAUGUUUCACUUCUAGAUCUGGAUGAUUUUAACUCAGUAUCCUCUCCAGUUGUACUUCCCACACCAGCUCUUCCUCCAAGUUUGAUAGCUGAUCUUGAAGGUUUAAACAUGUCAGCUUCCUCAUCAGUCAUCAAUGUCUGCACUCCUGUCUUUGUCCCGAUGAAAAUUCAUGUGCUGCUUCACCGAAUGAGUGGGAAAGGACUAGCUGCCCAUUAUUUCUUUCCAAGACAGCCUUGUAUUUUUGGUGAUAAGAUGGUCUGUGUACAAAUAACACUGAAUAAUACUACUGAUCGAAAGAUAGAAAAUAUCCACAUUGGGGAAAACAGACUUCCUGUAGGCAUGCAAAUGCAUGUUUUUAAUCCAAUUGACUCUCUUGGGCCUGAGGGAUCCAUUACUGUUUCAAUAGGUAUUGACUUCUGUGAUUCUACUCAGACUGCCAGUUUCCAGUUGUGUACCAAGGAUGAUUGCUUCAAUGUUAAUAUUCAGCCACCUGUUGGAGAACUGCUUUUACCUGUGGCCAUGUCAGAGAAAGAUUUUAAGAAAGAACAAGGAAUGCUAACAGGAAUGAAUGAAACUUCUGCUGUCAUCAUUGCUGCACCACAGAAUUUCACUCCCUCUGUGAUUCUUCAGAAGGUUGUAAAUGUGGCCAAUGUGGGUGCAGUCCCUUCUGGCCAGGAUAAUAUAUGCAGGUUUGCAGCUAAAACUGUGCACAGUGGGUCACUGCUGCUAGUCACAGUAGAACUGAAGGAAGGCUCUACAGCCCAGCUUAUCAUAAACACUGAGAAAACUGUGAUUGGUUCUGUUCUACUGCGGGAACUGAAGCCUGUCCUGUCCCAGGGGUAACCUGCUUACAUCUGGACUUCAGAAUCUGGCACACAACAAAAGUGCCUGGCAUCCACGACUGCUGCCUUUCAUUUAUAAUAAUAGCCCUUCCAUCUGCCAGUGGGGAAGAAUACACUCUUGACAUUCUUGUCUCCUGCUUUAGAAUGCUAGUGUGUAUCUAUCAUGUAUGCAAUACUUUUCCCUUUCCCUUUGCUAACCAAAGAACAUAUAUUUUACUGUCGGUUAUCUCAACUCUUGGAUCCAUGUGGCAUUUUCUCUGUCCUGCUUCUUUUGGCCUCCUUGUCUUCCUGCUCUUUUUUGACAAUGAUGGAUGUGAAUUGGAUAUUUAAAGUUCAUUGGAUAUCAUCUUCCCUUCAGCAGUAAGCAAAAAUUAGCAAAGAAAUAGUCUAAAUGGCCUCUCAGCUUGGUAUGUGAAAAUGCGAUAGCAUACUUUUCAGAAAUAAACAUAAAAACAUCAUCUCUACAAAAUGUUUGUUCUUUGAAUUUCCUGGUAUUGUAAUCAGUUCUUGACAACUGUCAUCAUGAAUUUGUCUUCAAAUAAUAAGAUAAAUAAACUAGCAUACGAAU